AACGCUUCUUCCCACUUCUCUCCUACCCCCUCGCCUAAUUUAACCCACAAUAGUAAUAACACUCUCUCCCCAUAAUAACCACCUCUUCUCUCUCCUUCGAAAACACGGCAUUAGGAGGGAGGGAGGGGUGCUCCCUUCGAUCUGAAAUUUAGAGCAGAAAGGGGUUCUGUUUCGUCCUCCACCACCUCCUCCUUUCUCUCUGGAUGGAGGUGGUGGCGGGAGGCCACUGCAGCUGUAGCAGCCUCAUCGAGAAUGGACAGGGCGUCUGCGUUGCUUGCGGCCGGUCGCGGCAGAAUAUGAGCACGAGCACGUCUUCCCCCACGGCGAUUUCGGCCGCUGGUCGAGGUGAUAGGGGUGAUGGCGGGAGUGGCGCAUCUCUUUACAUCUCCCGAUUGCUGGUCGGGGGUCUCUCCGGGGCGCUCACCGGGCUUUUCGCACUCGCUGGAGCUUUCACUGGAGCAGUUACUGGUGCAUUGGCAGGCCGGGCUUCUGAUAGUGGUGUCCUUCGUGGAGCAGGAUUAGGAGCUGUUGCUGGAGCUAUCCUUUCUGUUGAAGUUUUAGAGGCUUCUCGUGCCUAUUGGUGCUCUGAGCGAUCUGGUUCUCGGAAUACAUCAUCCAUGGCUGAUUUUAUAGAGGAGCUCCUUCAUGGUCGGUUUGUACAUGAACAAUUCGCACCUGCAAUGUUUACGGCAUACCGCUGGCAGGUUAGCAUCUCAGACCUAGGCCAGGAUGAGAUGUAUGAUAUCUUUGGAGAGGUUGCGUCAAAUGGUCUAUCAGGUGAAUCACUAAAGAAGUUACCAUGUCAUGUCAUAGCUGAUGAGAAAAGAGAUGGUUCUGGAGAAAGCAUAUGUUGUGCGAUUUGUCUGCAGGCGGCUCAUAACCUUUAUGUCUGCUAGGACAUGGUCACUGGGGAUACCGUGCGGAGGUUGCCGCAAUGUUCGCAUACAUUUCACUUGUCCUGUGUGGACAAAUGGCUCAUCAGGCAUGGCUCAUGCCCCAUAUGUAGGCAGGAUGUGUAGUCCUUCCGUAUUUAUAUACCAAAUAUGAUAUAUACACCAUCUGCUCUUGUACAUCCAAGAUCAUCCAUCCGGCAUCUUCCAAUCGUGUGUUGCUCUGUACAGACUUCUCCUUGUCCUGUAAAGAUACAUGUAAAAUAUCCAUCUUUCGUCUGAGGAAGUGAACCUGCUAUCAUGCAGUUGUAGAUCAGUGUAACUAUUGUACUAUGGGACCCUUCUUUCUCUUGAAUCUUGUGAUAAAGAGUUGUUAGUGGUAUUUACCACAGACUCGAACUCUACUGUCUUUUUGUCUA